UGCUAUUUCUCCUCCACAAAUCUUAGCAAAAGAUAAAAAAAAUAAAAAUGGGGGAAGAAACAGAAAUAGAGAAGAAGAAUAGAGUAGUAAUAUUUAGAGAUAUAAGAAGAUAUAGUUGUGAAUACUGCGGUAUUGUUCGCUCUAAAAAAUCUAUUAUUACUUCUCACAUCCUUUCUCAUCAUCAGGAUAAAAUUGAAGAGCAAAAAGGCGAUGAAGAAGAGUUGGAAAAAAAGGGUGGGAAGAUGAAUGUUUGUGAGGAAUGUGGAGCUUCAUUUCGAAAGCCGGCUCAUUUGAGGCAACAUAUGUCAAGCCAUUCAUUUGAGAGGCCCUUUACUUGUCAGGUUGACGGCUGCAACUCUAGUUAUCGUAGAAAGGAUCAUUUGAAUCGCCAUAUUGUCCAACACCAUGGGGAAAGUUCUGAUUCUCCUACUAAAAAAUGCAAGAGCAAAUCUUCUGUUCAAGGGGACAAAACAGAGCAUGCGAGAAAAACACAUGAUGAUUCUAACACGAACGAUCAUAAGCAACAUGUAUGUUUGGAACCUGGGUGUGGAAAAGCUUUUAAGUAUGCAUCACAGUUAAGAAAGCAUGAAGGCUCUCAUGUUAGAUUGGAAACAGUAGAGGUGUUAUGUGGGGAGCCUGGCUGUAUGAAAUAUUUUGCCAAUGACCAAUGUCUAAAGGCUCACUUCCAGACCUGUCAUCAGCACAUUAACUGUGAGAUAUGUGGCUGCAAGCAACUCAGGAAGAGUAUUAAACGCCAUCUCCGAACACAUGAGAAAGCAGUUCCUAAGGAGAGGAUCAAAUGCAGUUUUGAUGGAUGUGACCUUACCUUCUCAACUGGUUCGAAUCUUCAACAGCAUAUAAAAGCUGCACAUCUUCAACAGAAACCAUUUGUAUGUAGCUUUUCUGACUGUGGUAUGAGAUUUUCAUACAAACAUGUGAGAGAUAAGCAUGAGAAAACCAGUCGUCAUGUUUACACAGUGGGAGAUUUUGUUGAUUCCGAUGAGCAAUUUCAGUCAAGGCCAAGAGGUGGUAUGAAGAGGAAAUUGCCACCCAUGAUAGACAUCCUUAUGAGAAAGAGAAUAGCUCCGCCUGCCCAAUCUGAUCAAUUACAUGGCUCUGACUACAUCUCUUGGUUACUUGGGGGAGAUGAAGAUUAAUGGACAUUUAGUAUAUUUUUGCUUAUCUAGGACUUGUGAUGUUCUGUAGUCUCAGUUCCUUGUAACGAUGUCCAUAUGACAAUCAGUAUUUUGCAUCUAUUUUGUAUUCCUGUGUUGGUUGUAAGUCGCUGAAUAUAUAUAAUGUUAUCUUAAAUUUUACUCGGCUAAUGAAUUACCAGUCUGAUCAAA